AUGAAGAAUAAACCAACUCGUCAUAAAGAAACCAAUACGUUUCAGUUUAAAACAUUUUCGGAAAGAAUAAGCGAAGUUAACAUUGAUGUGUUUCAUCGUGUUGCUCACCGAAACGAAGAAAAUGAGGAAAUUGAAACAUAUUUUCAUCAAACUCUUCAGAAAUGGAACUUCCUUAACCUCACAGAAGGUUACUGUAACUUUAAAAGGGAAGUUCGUGAUAUCGUUACACUUACACAGUUAAUUAAUCAGAAAGAAUAUGUUGUUGAUAAAUUAAUAGAAUAUUUGGAAAGAAGGGACAUUUCAUUUUUACAGCCAAUUUUAGAAUUGGUUGUAGCUCUAUCAAAAGAUUUACAGAAAGAGUUUUAUGAAUAUUUUCCCAAAUUUUUAACUGUUAUGAUUGAUUUAUUGCGUACAAAAGAUGCAGACCAAAUAGAAUACGCAUUUACAUCAUUAGCUUAUCUAUUCAAAUUUUUAUGGAGAUACUUGAUCAAAAAUGUGAAAACAGUGUUUGAUCUGUUACUUCCAUUAUUAGCAGAUACACAGCCAGCUUACGUAAAUAACUUUGCAGCUGAAAGUUUUGCAUUUGUAGUACGUAAGAUUAAAGAUAAAGAAUCUUUCUUGAAGUUGGUACUAAAUUUAUUGGAAGAUAAUCCUAAGGGAAUACCAGGAUGUGGGAAAUUAUUAUUUGAAGUAAUACAUGGUUUACCAGGACAAUUUCAUUCGUGUACAGAGCAAAUGCUGUCAUUAUAUUUCAGUGCAUUGAACUAUGAAACUGUUAAUCAAAAUCUGGCAUUUAGAGUACUAAAAGAAAUUAUCACUUGCAUCGUGCAAAAUAUUCAUCCUCAGAAGUGUCAUGUAUUCUGGUCUGUGGUUUUAAAUAACAUAGAUGUUGCUAUUGAAAAUGCUAAAGAUUUUCGAUCAAUCAAUGAAAGAGAGAAAAGUUUAAUACUAAUAAUGCGAUUAUUACAUCCAGUCAUUGAUUACAAAAAUGGAAGGUUAGUUAUAGAUCCUGUACCUUUGAUGAAGAAGUUGGUACAGGCUUUAAAGAUGUUUGAAAAUCAAAGUGAUGCGUUACAAGAGAUUAUAAAAGUAGCAGUAGCAAUACUUUUGGCAGCAGAUGUUAAAUUAAUGCAAGAGACAUCUAGCCAAAUACUGCUUCAAAUUAUGUCUGUGAAAGAUAUUAAUCUGUUAUAUGAAGCUGUUAACAAUUUAAUGCAUUAUUCAUCAUUUGAAACUUUGAUAUUACCGCAUAUAAUACGACAUAGUAUUUCUACUACUUUCAAUGAUGAUACUUUAAAACUGUUUACUAAUAUCAUUGAAACAAAAGUGCCAUUGUGUAUUAAUGGCAUGAAGUUGGACAAAUGGACGAAGUAUAUUUUAGAUAUACGUGGUGCCGAAACUGAUAGUAUCAAUUACCUUCUGAAAGAAUUAGAAGCUUUACUAGAUCAGAAUAUAUCAACUAAUGCAUUAAGAAUGUUAAUCAUUUUACCACAUUUGAAGCCUCUUUCAGAAGAAUUUAAUGAGGUGUUAAAGAAAGGAAUACUGUCUCUGUAUAAAGGAAUAUUGAAUCAUGACAGUACAGAAAGUAAUCUAAUUAAACUCUGUCUGCCAUUCUUAUUAGCUUUAGAGGCAGCAAUUCACAUUUUAGAACCUGAAACUUUGUACAGCUUUAUGGAGACUAAUGAUAUAAAAAUAUUGAACCUUAUCAGUAAAUAUCCUGACAAUAGAUUUAUCUUGAAUGCAACAGAUUUAUGUAUAACAUAUUUUAGUACAACAGAGUACCGGGAAAAGUAUAUGAAUCAAACGGUUUUUGAUAUCUUAAAUAGUAGUAUUGCAUCAAACUUGAGUUCUCCUUUCGGUGAAGUCCGUUUAAUCGUAACCCAUUUGUAUUCUUUAUUUUCUGAUGUUAAAGAAAUGACAUCAUCUACUACAAAUGAAAGUACAGAAAAAAGUGCUAUGGAACACAUGUAUUUAGCAGAAUGUGAAUCCAUAACAGUACAAAGUUUUAGGGACAAGUUAUUGCAUUUACAGGCCUUGUCGUUUGAAAAUAAUGUAGUGUCAAAUUUAGAUCCCAAGUAUUAUAAAUUUCCACUACAAUACUUAUUGGGUAAUUUAUAUAUAAAUUUUUCUUUGUUAUGGGAACCUGUAAACAAAAUUAUAGCAACAUAUGCGGAUAAGAAAUGUGAAGACUUUUGGCCAACGUUUCUAGCCGAAUUAAAACGUGAACAACAAGUAAUCACAGAUUAUAAGCCAGUAUUUGAGUGUGAAACUAUUUCUAAAAUAGAAAUUGCAAUACAAAAAAGUAAUGAUAAGCCUGAUUAUGCAAAUCACAAAGUUUUAUCGUGGAAAUGUAUGACAAAUUUUGCACAAUUUUGUGAAAUGAAGAACAGAGAUAUUACUGGAAUGUUUAUUGAUUUCGUGAAUGACAAUUUCUUUAAGUCAAAUUCUGAAGAUGCUAAGUGUUGUAGUAUUCUGAAGAAGCAAGAAUUAAAUUCCACUGAUAAUAAUAUGGAGAUUGAUGAUGAUGAUGAUGAUGAUGAAAGUGAUAAUGAAGCGGAUGAAAAUGAAGAAAAGAAAGAAGAAACAAAGGAACCUACACCUUUUAUAAGUACAGACUCAAAGCAAACAUCAAAAUUUACAGUAAAGAAUAAUUGUAAAAUAAAGCUUCUAAUUGCUCAACUGGAGGUGUUUGAGAAGAUAGCAAAUCCAAGAUCAUUGUAUAGGGAAGCAGAGAUACAAAGAAUUUAUUUAGAUCUACUGUCAUCAAGAAAUCCUGACAUUCAAAGAGGUGCUUUCAAUUGUCUUCUUACUUAUAAAUACAAAUAUCUGUUACCAUACAAAGAUAAUUUAUAUAAUUUAAUUAAUGAAAAAAAUUUGAAAAAUGAAGUGAUAUGUUUCAAGAUCGAUCAAGAAAGUAAUAUGAUACAGAAUGAACAUCGUGAUGAGUUUAUACCUAUAUUAAUGAGAAUAGUUUAUGCAAAAAUGGCUUUAAAAACAGGAAUGAGAACUGGCGGUAAAGUCGGAGGGAUUACGAGACGAAAACUACUUUUACGUUUCCUGGGCGGCAUUCAGGAAAGUGAGAUGAUCAUAUUUACAAAAAUGGCGUUUAGACCUUUCAAAGCAUACAUAUCGUUUGAAUCAGAUGAGAAAAUUAACUUAAAGGAACUUACUCGCAGUAUCGUUAACACAAUUGAUUUAAAUAAUGUCAUACCUCCUAAACGUCUGAAGAGUGCUGUAAACUUACUUGGAAUUUUAAUAGAACAAUUUGGUAGUAAAAUGGCUAAAAAAUUGUUGCCUUGUUUACUUGGCUUGGUACUAUGUAUUUUAGCAGCAGUUACUGGAAUUUUACAAAAAUCAGAUAAAGUGUACGCUGGUUAUUUACCGUCUAUCAAAAAUGUACGAACAAGUUGUAUUUUAAUAUUAGCAAGAUUCUUUAAUCAUUUUGAAGAUUAUGAAUGGAGUGAACACGAAUUAGAUGCUUUAUUCGAUGUAGCGGUAUUUCCAUGGCUGCAAAAAUUGCCCAUGGAAGGUAUUCAUAGUCCUACACCUUUAUUGAAGUUAUUUAUGUCAUGGAGCCAAAAUUCUCGUUAUUAUCCGUUAUUUAUAAAGCAUCGAGAAGAUGAUAAAUCUGUCAGUCCUCUGCCAUAUAUUAUGCAGCUUCUCUUGGGACCCAAAACUCAUGCAUCUGUAAUUAAUGCUAUUCUUGACAUGAUUGAAAAAAUGGUAACAUUACAGGAUUAUGGAAAGACAAAUGAAAAUGAUAUGGAAAUUGAUGCACCUUUUGUUCCUUUGAUACCUGUGCUUACUAAUUUACUUGAAGUAAACGAGAAAGCCUUAUCUAGUGGCAUUAAUUACGGAUCUGCUAUACUACUUCCACAUGUUGUUAGUAUCUUGGAACAUAUUAAGAAUAAGCUUGGCAAAUCAAACAAGAGGAUAAAUAGAACAGAAUUGAUCGUUUUGUCACGUAUUUCGGAAUUUGUAAAAGAUCCAAAUGCAUGCGAUAUUCUUGUUACUCUUACUUUACCAAUAUUAAUUAAGAAAUCUUCUGCUGGAGGAGCGGAAGAAACAACUGUAGAAUUAAUUACAACUGUUAUAAAUCUUAUAAAACACGUUGCACAACCAACAGUUCAUAUACGUGCAAUCUUACCUUUAUUGGGGACAGUAUCGGUAAUUCCUGCUCGCAAAUUGCUGUUAGAACUGUACCGAACAAUUGUCGAAAGUGCUACUGAAGAUUGUCGUGAAAUACUGAUAAAAAAUUACAAUUUAAUAAGUGCGCUUAACGCGUGGGAUCGCAGGUGGAUCGAUCAACCAGAUUUUCAAAAGAGAUUGGAUGCAUUUUCUGAAAUUAAUAACGCAGUUGAGAAGAACGAGAUUACACUGGAAUUUGGUAUAGCCAUUAUUCAUAAUUGUUAUUAUUUUCUGAAGAAUGAAGCAGAUCUAGCAUUAAGAGAUUACUCAGGACAAUGUCUUAAACUUCUUGGUUCUAAAUUAGCAAAAGAGCAUAGAGAAAAUAUAUCGGACAGGCGUUAUUUAAUGGAUGACACAAUUUUACUACUCAUUAAAAAUGGAAUAACUAGUAAAAAUGAAGUGGUAAAACUACAGUCAAUUGCUUUCUUAGGGCAUAUGGCUAUAGAAUGCCCAGAGGUGCAUCCUGUUUUACGAGAUCUAUCACUGUUAGCUAACAAAGCAGAUCCUGAAGUGGAUUUCUUUGAAAAUAUGCAACAUUUACAAUUGCACAGAAGAGCUCGUGCAUUGCUUAAAUUCUGCACUGUAGCGAAGACACUGCAAAAGAAGUUUAAUCCAAGAACCUUAACUCAGUUCAUUCUUCCAUUUGCUUCCAUGUAUUUGUGCAACGAAAGCUUCAUACAUAAAAACAGUAUCCUUGAUGCUGCAAUAGAAACAGUUGGAACUGUCUGUAAACUUUUGCCAUGGUAUCAGUACGAAAUUAUAUUAAAAUAUUACAUAGGAAAGCUAAGAGGUUCUGCUGAAUAUCAGAAGCAACUUGUUAGGAUUAUUGUUAUUAUGUUAGAUUCUUUUCAUUUUAAUUUAUCAAAAUACAAACCCAAGGAUGGAUCUUUGGAAACAAAAGGUGUUAAAGAAACUUUAAAAAAUGAAAUAUCUUCUGAUAAAAAGGAAGAUGUCGAAAAGGAGAUUGAUGAAAAUAUAAAUGAAGAAAUAGAAGAAAAAUUGGAGGAAACUUUAAAGUCUGAAAGUUUGGACGUUAUCGAAGAAAAAGAUGGAAGGGAAGCACAGGAAGAUAUAAUACCUAUAAUAGAGAAGGAAAUAGUUCUUUCACCCUAUGGAGCACAAAGGGUUAUAUUUACUAUAUCCAAAGAAUUGUUGCCUCAACUUCACCGUUCCAUCAUAGCAAAGACUAGUCGUGAAAGUAGUCACAAAUUUAAUAAGAAAAAAGUUGCAGCAAGAAAUGAGGAAGAAGAAUUAAUGCGAGUUCCCAUUGCCCUUGCCAUGGUUAAAUUAUUACAAAAACUACCUGAAAACAUUUUAGACAUCAAUUUACCAGGAAUCUUUAUGAAGUUGUGUACAUUCUUAAAAUCGCGUUUAGAAUCGGUAAGACGCGCCACACGAGAAAUAUUACAAAAAAUUAUGAUAACUCUAGGUCCAAAAUAUCUUCAUUACCUAAUAAGAGAAAUGAACACAUUAUUGACAAGAGGGUUUCAAGUUCAUGUGCUUGCAUUUACAGUGCAAUCAGUAUUGGUUGCUUUGAAACCAUAUUUCCAGAAAUUUGAUAUCAAUAAAAACCUUCAAAGUAUUUUAUCUGUAUGUAAAGUAGAUCUAUUUGGUCCAACUGGAGAAGAGAAAGAAGUGCUAGGAAUUGUAAAAACUGUCGCGGAAGCAAAAUCUACGAAAAGCUUUGAUAUUUUUCACAUAUUAGCGCAAUAUAUUACGGAAUCUUGCUUAGUAGAUUUAAUUUUGCCAUUAAAAGAUGUGCUUGUGAAAACGCAUUCACAUAAAACAUUACAGAAAGUAGUAGAAUGUUUAAGGAACGUUGUGUUGGGUUUAGCUGAUAAUACUUUUAUACCAUUAGAACAAAUGCUGACGUUUCUUUACGGUAUAGUUUCUGAAAGUAUUCCCGAGCUAAUGCCUGAGAAGAAGGAUAAACAAUUGACACCGAAAGAAGCAGAAGUGAUGGCUAGACAGAAACCAGAUUGCUUCCUUAUACCACCUGAGCCAAAAAAUAAAAUGGGCGUAAAAGUUACUUCAAAAACCUCUAAAAAUACUAAUGUUCACGUUAUUAUAGAAUUUGGUUUAAAACUUUUGCAUAUUUUGUUAAAAAGAGACAAAAUAUCUGGUGGAGAAUUUGAAUCCUUUUUGGAUCCAUUUGUACCGCUCAUAAGCGAUUGUUUAAAAUCUCAACAUGUCAAGUUAAGCACCUUAGGUCUACAGUGUUUAAAUUGGUUACUCAAGAAAGACUUACCUUCGAUACAUGAAAGAAUCUCAGACAUUUGUAUAUCUAUAUUUAACAUAUUGCAUAAAUAUGCAGCUGAAGGUUUGAGCAAAGGAGAUAAUUUUGACCUUGUAAUGGCUGGUUUCAAAUGUAUGUCUGUACUAGUUCGUGACGUAAAGCAUUAUACAAUUAACGAAGAACAGUUGAAAGUUCUAAUUAUGUAUGCCGAACAAGACAUGUACGAUAGUGAUAGGCAUGCAACAGCAUUUGGGUUACUCAAAGCGAUAAUAUCUCGGAAGAUGGUACUUCCGGAAAUCCAUAAUGUCAUGAGCAAGAUUGCUACUUUAAGUAUUACUUCAGAUUUGGAACAUAUUAGGCAACAAUCUCGUUCCGUGUUUUAUACAUAUUUGAUGGAAUAUCCCCUUGGUAAAUUACUGAAUAAACAUAUACUGUUCUAUUUAACACAACUUAGUUAUGAAAUGCAACCUGGUCGACUGAGUGCAUUAGAAAUGCUUCACAGCAUUGUUACAGGAUUUCCUACAAGAACCUUGAUUAUGAAAGCAGAUCCGAUAUUUAUAAUGGCUGGUGCAAGAUUGAUAAACGAUGAUGAUCCUACGUGUCGGAAGUUAUGUGCCAAGUGUAUUAAAGAAAUGGUUACACGGAUACAUCACAAUAAAAGGAGCAAAUUAUUUAACAUAGUCAUGGAAUGGUUAAGAGACACUAAAAUAAUGCAUCGUGCUUUGGCUGCUCAAUUAUGUGGUAUAUUUGUAACAGUGGAGAAAGAUGCUUUCGAAUCUCGUCUCAAAGAAUUAUUACCCCCUCUUCUAAAACAAUUCCACGCAAAUAUUGAUGAUAACGAAGAACCCGGACGUUUUGUAAAGUUACGUACAAAUGAGGAAAUGGCUGAAUUAGAAAUGCAAUCUAACAUUAAGGAUCCGGAAAGAAUGAAAGAUCAUCAUAUGUUUCAAGUUUUACAGUUAUUGUUAAAAAUAUCAGCAAAUUGCACAGCUUUUCUAAAAAAUGACGAGUACAAAGAAGCUGUUCGUUCAUUUGCUGAAUACAGCCAGUCUUUAUUGGCACAUCCUCAUACGUGGGUUCGCUUAGCAGCGUCACAAAUGAUCGGUUUUAUCUUAGCUGCCUUAGACAUUGACAAGAUCAUAGAAUUCUUAGAAAAUCCUGAAAAGUGUGAGACUGAAAAUAGUUACAUGUAUUCUGACCCAGCCGGUACCAUUAGAAGUUUGACUUUAGACUUGAUCGCUCAAUUGCAACCCGAUAUGAUGUUAGAGGAAUUGGCGGACCAAACUGUUAAAAAUUUAAUUUUUAUUGCAAAAAUUUUGAAAUCCGUCAAAACAGUUACGACUGUUACUGUGGAUGAAGAUAAGAAAGCAACAGAUACUGAUAAGAACCAGUUAUCCCUUUCUUGGCUGGUUAGACGAUUGAGAAGAUCUGUAAAUAUAGAAAUAACUAAAGCCCCUAAAUCGAUAACGGUGCGGACUGCUUUCUUUAAAUGGGUUGCUGGAAUAGUAGUUACUAUACCUAUGGAGUAUUUAAAUACAGUACUUUUUAACAUUAUGUCACCAAUCGUACGUGAAAUUUCAACAAUAGAAGAAAAGAAUACUAGUUUAAGACGACUGGCGAAAGAAGCUGCAGCAAUGAUCAAAAAACGUUUAGAUAACGAAGAAUACAUCAGAUUAUUGAGUCGAAUACAACAACAGUUAGAUAUUAAAAAAGCAGAGAGGAGGAAAGUACGGACGCAACAGUAUGUAACUGAUCCAGAACUGGCUGCUAAACGUAAAAUUGCAAGGCAACAAAAGAAAAAAGAAGCUAGGAAGAGGAAAUCGGAUACUGUAAGGGGGAAAAAAGGAGCGAAGAAACGUCUAAAGAAAGAAAUUGAUUUAGAUAUUAUAUAAUUGUUUUAGUUUAAGAAAAUUCUAAAAUUACAUAUAAGAAAAAUCGUUAUUUUUAUGACAUUAUUUAAAUAAUAAUCUAGUCUGUAAAAUAUCCAUAUAUCAUAUAUCAUACGGCUGUUUAUUAAAACUGAAUAUAUACAUUUUGUAGAUGAAUAUGUAUAUAUUUUGUACAUAUGCAUUUAUGUAUAUACGUAUUUUGUAUUAUACGUUUCACGAGUACUGAUUGUAAAAUAAUACAAUUUGCAUAUAUGAGACCCACAGUUUCAGCGAAAUAUUUAGAAUCUUUUUAUACUGUUGUAUUUGAAUAUAAAAAAUUGUUUAAAUAUUUGAACGACCCCUUAAUAACGUAAUUUAAAAUAUAGGGACAUUAUAAUUAAUCGGAAUACAAUAAUUGUGGGACGUUUUUCUAUACAAUAAAUAUUACAUGAACAUUA